AUAGAAUAGUGUGGUACAGUCUUAAGUAUAUGGUUGAGGAGUUUUGGAAACUCCUAUGCUCUGAUGCCAUGUAGACCGAUUAUCACCUGAAUGACGAUACCGCCCCUCUGCACGUGAACAUUUGUUCUGAUCGGCGACUAUACUUUCACCGAGGAAACCUUGAAUAAUUCAAACUUCCAGGAAGAAGUGGAAGACUAAAACUAGAAGAAUUCAGCAAGUUCUUGCACACAUAAUUUGGCCUUGUAACGUCGGUUGGAACCAGCUUGCAAGUCCAGGCGAUUCACUUCGACUCAACGUGUUGGAACCCAACUCUGGACCCUCAUAUUCUUUAAUAGAACCAUUAUUCAGAGCAAAUACAAUGUCACAGUCAAAUAUCCCUAUUGCAGUCAUUGGCCUCGCUUGUCGAUUUCCCGGAGGUAUCCACGAUGCUGAAAGUCUUUGGGAAGUUCUCAUCAGAGGACAAAGUACCUGGUCUGAUGUACCCGCAGAUCGUUACAACUGGAGAUCGUUUCAUCACCCCACGCGUGGAUCUACCUCCGCUCACUCGUCUCGUGGGGGAUAUUUCUUAAAAUCCAAUGUUGCCGAGUUUGAUGCUGGAUUUUUCGGUAUUUCCGAGCUUGAGGCUGCAGCUAUAGAUCCACAACAGCGUAUUCUUCUGGAAGUAACAUACGAAGCAAUGGAAAAUGCGGGGCUCUCGAUUGACUCGGUUAAAGGUUCUCCUACCGGCGUAUAUGUUGCGACAUUUACACAUGACUAUGAGAAUAUGAUGUAUCACGACUCAACAUCUCUACCAAAAUAUGGCAUGACUGGGGUUGGGACAGCCAUUGCGUCCAAUCGGAUAUCAUAUUUCUUUGACCUUAAAGGCCCUUCAAUAUCUAUAGAUACUGGCUGCUCUGGAAGCCUUGUCGCUUUACAUCAAGCAUGCCAGAGCUUACGUUUGGGGGAAACAAACACAAGCUUUGUUGGGGGAACCAAUCUCAUUCUUAGUCCUGAUACCAUGAUAUCUAUGGAUAAUCUCCAGUGAGUUAGAAGCCUGUCAAGGUAUUGAUAACUGAUUCCAAUUGGGGACCAUAGUCUUUUGAACAAUAGUGGCACUUGCUACCCUUUUGAUAAACGAGGAUCCGGCUACGGACGCGGCGAAGGUUCAGCGUUGAUCAUUCUUAAGCGUCUAGAUGAUGCUUUGAGUGCAGGUGACUCAGUAAGAGCAAUUAUUCGCAACACUGCCAUCGGACAAGAUGGAAGAACUGCCGGAAUUACAUUCCCAAACCAACACGCCCAAGAGUCUCUGAUACGAUCGGCUUACAAGGCCAUAUCAUUAAAUCCUUGCUUUACUGCAUAUGUGGAAGCCCAUGGAACUGGUACUAUCGCUGGAGACAUUACCGAAAUAAACGCCCUUGGCAGAGUAUUUUGCGAGAACAAAGAGCAUGGAGAGCCGCUAUACGUCGGUUCCGUGAAAGGCACGAUUGGCCAUCUCGAAAGCGUGAGUGGACUAGCAGGAUUAAUCAAAGUUAUUCUAAUGCUAGAGAAGGGGGUUAUUCCCGCCACGCCAGGAUUUGAGGAUCCUAAGGAUGGAUUGAAUCUUCCUAAGUGGAAUAUCAAGGUAAACUUUUGCUAUUUCUCAAAACCCUGUCUGAACGGCCUCUGAAUGAUUGAAUCCAAUUGAGUGAUUAAAUUCAAUUGGGCAAUUGAAGUCAACUGAAUGAAUGAUUCAGUCUGAUUGAUCCAUAAUCCUCCAAAAUCCAAAACUAGGUAUAUUUUCAGAUGUAUUGGGCUAUUCAGAUGAACCCAAUAAUCCAGAUUGGCUUGAUCAUGGAAAUGAAUCAAAAUAGAAGUUGGGCGACUACAUUCUAAUGAGUCAAAGAUUCCACAGUUACCACAGAAUUGGCCAGACAAUCUUCCACGACGGGCAAGCCUGGUAAAUCCCCUUCUUUUAUCUCUUGUUUCUAGUUUUUUAUUUUUUUAUUUUUUUAUUGAAAAUAAGCUGACUCUGGUGAGAAAGAACUCAUUUGGUUAUGGCGGUGCAAAUGCUCAUGCUAUCAUCGAAGCCGCUUUGGUCGAUCAUGUCGGAACUAACGGCGUAGUCUCUAUCAACUACCAUUCAGAUCAUCGAAGUAGAGCUUUGGGGGGAAAUAGGUUGUCUAAAACGCUCAUUAAUGGAUUUUUAAAUGGAAAAGUCAACGGAAAAUCGGAAAAAGCCACUACCAGGGAUCAAGCUUACCAGAUUUUUCCACUUGUGGCCAAGACCGAAGGAACUUUGAGGUUAGUAGCUGAUGGCUUGAGGAGUUGGGUAGGCAAAAAUUCCAUUUCAGAUCGGUGUGCAGCAGAUAUAGCCCAUACGUUAAUACGGAGAAAUUCGAACAUGCCUUGGCAUUCCAGCCUGGUUGUAUCCGGAGCUGAGCAACUCAUAUCCAAGUUAGCACCAAAAGAACUCAGGUUAACACGCGUAUCCAUGGCCAGCAAGUUGGAUGUCUUCUAUAUUUUCACGGGUCAAGGAACACAAUGGCAUGGUAUGGCCAGAGAACUCAAUGAUUCUUCAACAGUAUUUCAUGAUUCCUUGAAUACCUCAGAGAAAAUCUUAAAGUCUCUAGGAUCUUCUUGGAGCCUUCUUGAAGAAUUGGGUCGAGAUGAGAACACCACGAGAAUUGAUGAAAGUAUGAUCUCGCAGCCAUCAACGACUGCCAUUCAAAUUGCUUUGGUACAGCUGCUGCGUAGCCUCAAUGUCACGCCAGAUAGAGUCUUGGGACAUUCUAGCGGUGAACUCGCCGCUGCAUAUGCUGCAGGUAUUUUGGAUCACGAAUCGGUGUUGAAGUUAUCAUAUUACCGUGGUCUUUUAGGAAAUUAUUGCAAAAGAGUGUUGUGUAAAAAUGGGGCAAUGCUAGUAGUGGGAUUGAGUGGAUAUGAAAUACUGGCUUAUAUAAAACACAUAAAAUCUGGCCGCGUGUCCAUCGCAUGUUUCAAUAGCCCUUCUAGUACUACCAUUUCAGGUGAUGAAGGUGCUAUCAACGAAUUGAGCGGGAUUCUCCAAAGAUUUGGUAUAUCCUCCAAAAAGCUCAGAGUCGACACAGCUUAUCACUCUCAUCAUAUGGAAAUAGUUGCCGAAUGGUACCUGAGAAGUAUAGAAGACAUCCGAUUUUUGGAUCCAAGCACUUCAACGAUCUUCCAUUCUUCGGUAACUGGCAAGAGAAAGCACAGAGGCUUCGACGCUGCCUACUGGACAGAAAAUCUCGUAUCCAAAGUGCUUUUUACUCAAGCUUUACAAGGUCUAUGCGAACAAGUAGAGUCAGAUAUAGACUCUGAAGCAAUUUCUUCCUCGUGUGUAAUUCUGGAAAUUGGACCAUCUAAUGCCCUCAACUUUUCCAUAAAGCAAACGCUUACAUACAAGAAACUAAACUCAGCUCGAUACACUUAUAUGUCUACAUUAAAGAAGGGCUGUAACUCACAGCUUACUUUCCUUGAGGCCAUAUCAUACCUUUUUGAUAGUGGGUACCCAGCGGAUAUUGCUAGCGCUAACAGACUAAAUCAUCUGACCCGUCGAUCCCGGGUUUCCCUUUUAGUGAAUUUGCCCACAUACCCUUGGGACCACUCUGUAUCUUAUUGGUACGAGUCGCAAGUAUGCAAGGAACAUCGUUUACGCACUCACCCCUAUCAUGAUCUACUGGGUAUUCGAAUACCAGGAAGCCCAAAUGUCCAACCAAAAUGGCGCCACAUUCUCAAUAUCGAAAGUUCACCUUGGCUAAAAGAUCAUGCCGUUGAUGGCAGACUUGUUUUUCCUGGCGCCGGUUAUCUAGCUAUGGCAAUAGAAGCAAAGCGUCAGUUGCUGCUAGAGAUUGAGCCUCAAAGAAGUGUUCACAACUACAUUAUCAAAGAUGUUACCUUUUCAAGAUUUCUCGAAAUUCCUGACCGAAACAAAAGUACUGAAGUCCAAUUGAGCCUUAAUAGUCCAAUCAAUGGUCAGAAUGGCAUUGAAGAAUGGCAAGAAUUCCGAGUUAGUUCGACACCGAAUUCCGGUGUUACCACAGAGAAUUGCAAAGGAUUAAUUAGGAUAGAGCUCGCUCACGAUACUCCCUCACACGGAGAUGCGUCUGAUUUGGCUGACUUUAAGCAAGAACAAGAACAUGCGGCGAGAGUUGCGGAACAACGUCUGAUGGAUCUCGAGAAUAAUAUGUAUCACAAACUCGACGAGAAGACUUUUUACCAACGACUUGAAUCGACCGGAAAUUACUGGGGACCAAGUUUUGCAGUAAUUACAGACUUCAUGCUUGGAUAUUCUGAAGCUAUCGGCGGAAUCACUGUACCGAAUGUUGCAGAGAUGAUGCCUGGAGGAUUUAUACAACCACAUGUUAUUCACCCUACUACUUUAGAUGCUCUCAUUCACUCAAGCCUAGUUUUGUCGACGUCUACACAGUCAUCUACUUCGGAUGUAAUGGUUCCUAUUUAUAUACGAGAAGUGGUUAUUUCAGCGAAUGUCCUGAACAAUCCCGGACAGCGACUUUCGUUUAUGACUAAGCUGAAAUCGGCAACCUCAAGCUCUAUCUCAUCCGACGUUUCUGCUUUCCAGGGAACAUCAUCACAAAAGAGAUCAAAAUGUGUGCAAAUUAGGGAAGCCGGAUUUCGAAGGACGACUGGGUCAGGAUAUUGCUCUAUAGGUUUUGAUCCGUCUUUCUGUUACAACUUAAAGUGGGGAUUGGACCUGGAUUAUUCCCAACCUGAAUUGCAAUCGAAAGUAGAAAAACACCAGAGUUCUAUUGUAACUCCAGAUAACAGGACAAAAAUUUUGAAUGAUCAGGCGUGGUACUAUAUUGAUACGUGCCUGGAUAGAAUCGACGAGAAAGACGUCGAAAGCAAAUAUGAUAUGUACUAUGAAUGGAUGGUACAAUUUAAAAGCUUGAAGAAUAUUUCGCCCCCUUUUGAACAUUCCAAAUUUCCAGUUGAAGACGUUGAGGAUCUUGGGGUAGAUGCAGAGGCUGUAAGGCGUAUAGGUACGAAUUUGAAGUCAAUUCUAUCCGGCAGGAUAGAUCCGCUACAACUUCUCCUAGAACAUGAUCUCCUACGACAAAUCUAUGCAAAAGGUUCGGGGGCACAACAAUGCCACCACUAUUUAAGUACAUAUGUCAAGACGCUCACAUUCAAGAACCCAAACAUGAAAGUUCUAGAAGUCGGCGCAGGUACGGCGUCGGCUACACUACCUCUGUUCGAAGAAUUAAGCGAGGAUGGGAAGCUUCCUCUCAGACAAUAUGAUUUUACCGAUAUAUCACCAUGGUUUUUCGAGAAUGCUAGAGUUUUGCUCCAAAGAUGGCAAAGUCAUCUAUGCUUCAAAACAUUCGACUUCAGCAAAGACCCUACGGAACAGAAGUUUGAGGCUGGGACGUAUGAUUUGAUUAUAGCAUACAAUGCUAUUCAUGCUAGCAGAGCCAUUGAUGAGUCGAUAAUAAACUUGAGGAAAUUACUCAAGACAGGUGGUAGACUGAUACUCCUCGAGAUUACUAGGCUCGAGCCAUUUGUCAAUACUAUAUUUGGUUUGCUUCCAGGCUGGUACAUGGGUAAGUAGCACAUUCAACCUCCUUUUAUCCGGAAUGUUUAGCUGAUGACAUGUUCAGAUCGAACGGACGGUAGAAAGGGCGCUCCUGUUUUGUCUACCGAACAAUGGAAUGUUAGACUUCUGCAGGGAGGAUUUAACGGCUGUGAGUUUAUCAAGCAUGACGGAAACGGGCCAAGCAAGACGAUGUCUAUGAUUGUGUCAAAAGCUAUUUCAUUGCCCCAAGAAAAGUCAACAAUCCGCACCUCAUAUUUAGUUCACGACAAUAGUGGGACUGUCCGAAGUCUUCUGGGACAGAAGCUCCAGAAGCUUUCUUUCCGGUCGUCAACACCGCAUUUUGCUUCACAGAACACCGAUAAGGAGGCUGUGUAUGUGGUAAUUGAUGAUUCUUUUAAUAGUUCCCUGCUGAGCUCUUCACCCGAAGUGAUUAGCGGUCUAUUAAAAGUCAUCGCGGAAGCAAGGAAUAUUUUCUGGAUUAUUGCACCUAGGUACCCACCGAAGCUUUCUAGGAGAAGUUCUGGGCUUGUCACAGGAUUUGCACGAGGAGUUCGCAGUGAGAACCAAGCGAUCAACUUUGUCACACUUGAUAUUCAGGGAGAAUCUAUUGAAUUUGGUGAACUUGAACAGAAGAUUAAUGAAAUAUUCAACGCGUCAUUUUUUCGAGGAGACUCUUGUGUCGACACAGAUUACGUAUACAGAGAUGGAAAAAUUCUCAUUCCUCGAUUGAAGCCAAGCAGAAAAUACCAAAUGGCAUCACUCUCUGAUGUGACCACCCGAUCAGUACUCUUUCAUCAGACCAAAAAAGUUAUCCAACCGCAACGAGGUAGAUCAAAAUAUGAUGCUACUGUCCAAUUUACCGCAACCAAAUUGUCAAAAAGGAAAUUGAAUCCUGGUGACACUGAGGUCAAGGUAGAAGCAUGGAGUGUAUCUACAGAAGAGCUCUUGGCUAGUUUUGGCAAUUCACAACCAGAAUCUGCAUAUCCCAUUGUUGGUGGAUUUGCUGGAACUGUGAUCGGCGUUGGCCGCCAAGGUUGUUGGAAAGUUGGGGACAAGAUAUGCGGUUGGUCGAAAGCUGUUUUCGCGAACAGCGUCAGAGUAAACACCGACGACGUGUGUCAGUAUCCCAAAUCGAUGUCUUUAGGUGAGGCUGCAUGUAUACCGACUACAUUUAUGAUGGCCUUUUAUGCUCUAGUCGAGAUUGCGGGAAUGAGAAAAGGCCAGAUCGUCGUAAUUAAUCAUGCGGAUUCCCCUGUUGGCCAUGCCGCUAUUCAGGUUGCGAGAUAUAUCGGAGCAAAUAUAAUAGCGGUUAUCACCAAACCAGAACAUCGCCGGUCUCUCAUCGAUAAAUAUGAAUUAUCUAACGAUACAAUCGUCUUUCCGCAUGACGUUUCAACGUAUAAGUUGGCUAUCUUGCGCCUCGCAGGUAUUGAGGGCCCGCAAGUUAUUCUCCAUUCAAGUGCGGAAGAAAUAAAAUUCGUCGAGGAGAGCAUAGCCUCCUUGGCUCGCUUUGGUACCUUUAUUAAAAUUGGAAGCUCUAAUAUGCCAUCGAGAAUAUCAACCAGCUCAGAUAUAUUCGGGAGAGGAAUCUCUCUCGUUUCGCUAGAUCUAGCGGCAAUAUCGGAGCUACAGCCACAAAGAAUGGCGGAGCUCAUGAGGCAUAUUAAAUUGAUGUUCAAAGAGCAUAAUUCGCGGCCAAUUAUACCAGUCCUCACGAUGAAUAUUGGAGAUAUUGACGGUGCCGUCAAUCGUAUCGAACAAGAGAAGCUUGCUGGCCGAAUUGUUUUAGAAGCCGGUGAUAAUGCGACGGUGAAUCUAGCUCUAAUGUCCCCUCCAUUAAUUUUCAACCACGAGGCCACAUAUUUCGUGCUUGGGAACUCGACUAUAUUGACUGUGGAUAUGUACAAGUUCCUUCUUUCACAUGGAGCAAGGAAUGUCUUGGUACUUUUCACAGGAUCUUGGGAGGAAAAGACCAAAAUCGAGAAGUGGCUGGCCCAUGAAGAAAGCAAUAUUAGAAUUGUCUCGUCGAUUGACGAUAUUUCGGGUCAGUUACAUGAUGCUCCUCCUAUUAGAGGUAUGAUAUGGACUGAGUUAUUUUCGACAGUAAGUUAUUACAUCCCACAGAAAUCUCAUAGCAACAAUCCGCUGAUCGUUAAUCAAGGUUCAUCCAGCCACCGCAAACGGUACAGCAGCUUAUGUUCAGAGAGACUUCAACUAUAUCGAUGCUUUAAUGACACAUAUAAACCCAAAUAACCUGGAAUUCCUCGUCAUAAUCUCCAGCUCGUUUGUUUUUCCUAGAGCAAGAAAUAGAUCCGUCGAAUGUGCUAUAUCUUCUUCCAGACAAGCUGUCUUAGCAUCACACUUGAACCCGAGAACGAAGCUCAUUCAUGUGGAUAUGGCUAAUCUAUCACCUAUAUCCGAAAACUAUCAUUCCGAACUCGAAGAGUUAUCCCUCGGUCGUGGUCCUUAUUCACGUAGGGAAAUGUUUGAGAUUUUGGAGUCUGAAAUGAGUUCAACUAAUGACAACAGACGCUAUUCUCACAUCGUCACUGGACUUCGCGAAUCCAAAUUGACAGGAGCACGCAAGCUUCCGCUGCAUUCUCCUUUAAUGAAGUAUCUACCAGAGAUUUGGAAGCAAGAAGAACCUUCUACUAAUGCCCCUCUUAACAAAUCUACCUCCGAAACGACAAAUGACAGCCUGGAAGAUACUAAGAACGAAGCACAAGCGCAUAGAAUUGUGCAGCUAGCAGUACAAAAAAAGAUUGCUUCUAUGAUGGCCGUGAAUUAUGAACUGAUUGAUGUGAAAAUGGCCAUGGAAGACUUUGGCUUGGAUUCACUAAUUAUAUUCACGUUCAGGAAUUGGAUCUUCCAAAAUUUUCGUGCUAACUUGGAUGUCGGAGCUAUUACUAAUGCCUUGAGUAUUGACGAUCUUGCAUUUAGGAUACUAUCGCUUAAAAAUCUCCCUAGACAGGAGCAAUCUGCUCAACAUAAGCACGCUUUUGAACCAACUAACUCAUCAAGGUUCCAUGCAAAAUCUCACACAAAUUUGUUACCGAAGCAGCCCCUACCCGCGUUAGAAGACACUCUUCGACACUAUGUAAAUGCUGCUCGUCCAUUCUGCUCCAACGAGGAACUAGAAAGAACUAAGCAGUUAGCAGAAGAGCUCAAAAUUGUUGGUGGCCAAGGACAAAUAUUACAAGCUCGUCUGCUUGAGCGGAAGAACGAUCCGACGAUCGACAAUUGGUUAUCAGAUAUUUAUCUAAGUCGAAGAUUUCUACGCCAACGCGCAUCUUUGGUGGCAACCCAAAGUUACUUUGGCACGCAUCCAAAUGGUCGCGCUCCUCAUACCCAAGCGGAGAGGGCAGCAAUUGUUAGUUUGGCCGCUCUUAAGUUCAAGCAAUGUUAUGAAAGUGAAUCUUUACCGAAACGAGAAUUAUACGGACAAUCGAUUGAUACAUAUGCAUAUCGAUAUCUUUUCAACGUUUGUCGAGAGCCGCAUCUGAACGAAGAUAUUAUCCGCGAGUAUCCAAAUAAUAACUACAUUGUCGUCUUCAACAAUGGUCAUGGAUAUAAAAUUAGCCUUACCAAAGAUAACGAAGUUAUCGCCUUCUCUGAUUUAGAAGCAAAGUUUGAGGAGAUCAUCUAUGAACCAAUAGAACAGAAAUCAUGGGUAGGAACUUUGACUGCUGACAACCGGGACGACUGGGCUAAGGUAUGUUCCAUAGUUUGAUCUUUACGUAUAAGAACAAUCACUUAUCAGUCCUAGGCUAGAAAUACACUACUAAAAUCAAAUGAACGCAACAAAGCAUCGAUAGAAACUAUCGAAGCAGCGGCAUUCGUCGUUUGUCUCGAUAAUUCAACACCUGAGACCCCCUCACAACGAUUCUCCCAAUUUCUCUUCGGGAAUGGCUCAAACAGAUGGUAUGACAAAUCACUACAAUUUGUUGUCUGCAAGAAUGGUGUCUCGGCUUCCAUCUGCGAGCAUUCAGUAUUAGAUGGUAUAACAAUAGAAGAGCUCCAUGAAUUCAUAAACGAGGCAAUCAUCUCGCACAAACCCUCCGCGGACACAAAUGGAAAAAUCACUUCUCAGAAUCCCGAUACGUUGGAAAUCCUACCCCUAAUAGCUAAUCCCAUCCUCGAAGCUCGCACACAACACAUCCUCCAAAAUCUCACACGACAAACCUCCAAAUACAAAUUCACACAUCUAGAAACCCAAAAUCUGCAUCAAAAAUUCCUCUCCGAAAAAGGACUCCCAACACAAUCCAGCAUCCAGCUCGCAAUCCAACUAGCAAACCAGCGCUUCUUCAACCACAUCCCCAGCGCCAUGGAAACCGUCUCACUCGCACAAUUCCGCCACGGACGCGUCGAAGUGCACCACAUAAUCACACCCCUAAUGGCGCAAUUCCUAGCAACCAACAAACAAAUCCUGAACGUCCAUUCGCGAGAAUUACUUUACGAAGCCGCGAAGGAGCAUGCGAAGUCUCUUACGCGAGCGAGCAAGGGACGAGGAUUUAGUCGACACUUGUUAGCUCUCCAAUGGAUGGUUAAGGAAGGAGAGGAAACGCCUGCGUUUUUUCAGGAUGUCGUUUAUGCGAGGAUGAAACCUGAACGGGCGGUCACGAGUUGUUUUAAUACGGGGUGGUUGGAGGGCGGAUUCGUGUAUCCGUUUCCUGGGAGUAUUUUGGUUUAUUUUGAGGUUAAGAGGGAUUCGUAGGUUAUAUGUGGUUCUACCGUGUAGGAUCUUACCGACUAACUUUCUUUUUAGGGUUUCAUUUUCUAUCUUCGGUAAUGGUGCGGAUGUGGAGAGGUUUAGGGAACUUCUUGAGAUUGCGGGAGGUCAGAUACGGAGUUUGCUUGAUGAUUAUUGAGGAGGUUUCCAAUUUUUGAAUGUCUGAAUCUGAGAUAAUCUUUGACACAACUAAAUCAACAAAUUCUCAUCUAUGCAUUACCGUUCUAGUUUAUUGGCCCAGCGGAAGAAAGAAAUGAUUCGGAAUAAUUACGCUUAUGCAUGGUAUCAAGGAAAUUUUGAGAGUGUGUGGUGC